UUUUAAAUGGCCCUCUCUCCUGCUGCAUUGAUCGCUGGACUGCCUUUCCACCUUUCAUAGCACCCUUCUGCUGGAUUUUACUCUUCUUUUGUGACCAUGGUCUUCUUCUCUCGCCCAACGCUUGCCUAUGCUCAUCUUGUCAAAGAUAUUUGGAUAUCUGCCAACACACACCUACUUUUUCGGCCAUGGCCGCUUUUUUGCAAGCAUGUGCCGGUCGUGGAGAGAGGCAUGCCUUGCUUGCAUUUUCAAAUCGGUUGAAGUAAACACCGAAGCAAAGUCUCUUGCUACCGCCGCCUUGCAGUUCGGAUAUGGAGAUUUGGUCAAGCACGCAAGAAUAGACUUCAGCUCUGAAGAUAUAUUUGAGGGCCUAGCGUUAACUGUGCUGACCUCAGGGCCAUUCAAAGAUGGAGUGUUUCCAUUUGUCCAUGAAACUUGAAUCUAGUAUAGAAGCGCGGUCUUCAGCUAUUGCAGAGGACACAAGUGGAUUCGCUGAAAAUGGCCGCAAGGUUUUGCGCCGAGGUCCGCCGCAUGUUUACCAGCUAC